CGUAGAGACGUCAGUUACGUCGGCAUGAGAAGAAAAAAUAAAACCAGCUUCACAGAACUCAGCUUUGUGAUAACAGGAAAAUAAAAUAAAUAUUCUUGGACUCUUCAUUAUUCCCCGCAGGCAGCACGAUGCCACGAAGUGGGUGUUUUGUUGCUUGUAACGCAGGUUGAAGAGAAGAAGCUGGCUCGCUAGCCACAGUGUGAGAGUCAACGUCAUUAGCUUGUUGCUAACGUUAACUGGUUACUUUCCUUUGAGUAAGAGAAAGCAAUCAUGACACAGAAAGUCGAUCUGUGUUCAGUUUCCCUUGGAGUGGAGGGUAUGACUUGUGGCUCCUGUGUCCAGUCCAUAGAGCAGCGCAUCGGCUCGCUCCCUGGAGUCAUACAUAUAAAGGUGUCUUUAGAGCAGAAGAAUGCCACUGUCAUAUGUGACCAGAGCCAACAGAGCCCAGAGUCUCUGUUGGAGGCCAUCGAGGACAUGGGCUUUGAAUCAAGUCUAUCAGACUCCAGCAGGGCCUCCCCCGUCUCCACAGACACCCAGCUAAUCCCCACCCCAGGCCUGACACCUGCAUCCCAACAGGAGGCUUUGGAGAAGCUGUCCCAGAUUCAGGGAGUGUUGGAUGUCAGAGAGAGCCUUUCCCCGAUGGGUUUAACUGUUACCUUUGUUCCUUCACUGACUUCUUCCCAGCAGCUGAGUGAGGCGGUGGAGAUACCCACACCCAGCAGCUCAAUGCAAAAAGGUCCAAUCAUGUCCCCAUCGCACGCCACGGGAGGCGGGGUGUCGCUCCUUAAAUUCAGCAUUGAAGGGAUGACCUGUCACUCCUGCACCACCACUAUUGAAGGGAAGAUCGGAAAACUGAACGGCAUUGAAAAGAUCAAAGUUGUUUUAGAGACUCAGGAAGCUACAAUCGUGUACCUGCCUUACCUCAUCGCUGUCCAAACCAUCACCGACCAGAUUGCUGUGGCCGGCUUCAAGGCGUUUGUCAAGUCUAAGCCUCGCUCUCUGCAGCUGUCCCUCAGCGAAAUCGAACGUUUAGUUGAUUCUCAAAGACCAACCGUCUCUUCGCCAUCAGAGACAUCAGAGGAGACCGAAAUCUUCAUAGACACGAUACUUGUAGCGCUCAAGGUGAAAGGCAUGCACUGCCGUUCAUGCGUGGUCAACAUCCAAGACAAUAUCACUAUGCUGCCUGGUGUCUCCUCAGUGGAGGUCUCUCUGGAGAAGGAGAAAGCCUCCAUCUGCUAUGAUCCUCUGACGGUCACUGUGACUCAGUUGCAGCAGGCCAUUGAGGCGCUGCCUCCAGGAAACUUCAACACUGAACUCUGGGAGUCCUCUGGCCCACUCAGUCCUGGUUCCGCAUUGCCCACGCCUGCCUUAACGUCACCUCGGCCUGCUCGAACAACCCAGGCCAAACCCGCUCUCUCACAGCCUUGUUUUACCCAGCCUCUGGCAUCUGUAGUUAAUAUUCACAUCGAGGGCAUGACAUGCAACUCCUGUGUCCAGUCCAUCGAAGGCAUGAUCUCCCAAAGGAAAGGGGUGAUGUCAACCCAGGUCUCUCUGUCUGAUCACCAGGGGACCUUCAACUAUGAUCCCCUCCUGACCACACCAGAGGAGCUGAGGGACGCCAUAGAAGACAUGGGCUUUGAUGCCUUCCUACCUGAGACCAAUUCUCUGCUGCCUGCACCAAAUCCCUGCCUCUCAAAGUCUUCGAGUCUGGCACAUGUGAAAGAUAAGGAGCUGGACAAUGACCUACACAAAGAAACCCUGCAGGGACGCAUCGGAGACACGCACUCUAAAUGCUUCAUCCAGAUUGGAGGGAUGACCUGUGCUUCCUGCGUGGCAAACAUCGAGAGAAACCUCAAGAAUGAAACCGGUAUCUACUCGGUUCUGGUAGCACUAAUGGCCAGUAAAGCAGAGGUGCGUUAUAACCCGGAGCUCAUCGACCCUGUGAAGAUAGCGGAGUGUGUGAAAGAGCUGGGCUUCACCGCCUCUGUUAUGGAGAACUAUGAAGGUUCAGAUGGAAACCUAGAACUAGUGGUCAGGGGAAUGACGUGUGCCUCUUGUGUUCACAAAAUCGAAUCCAGCCUCAUGAGAGAAAAGGGGAUUAUAUAUGCCUCUGUUGCCUUGGCAACCAACAAAGCACACAUUAAGCACGACUCGGAAAUUAUAGGGCCGCGAGACGUCAUCAAGCUGAUCGAGAAUCUGGGGUUCGAAGCAUCUUUGGUGAAGAGAGAUCGCACUGCCAGUCACCUGGACCACAGCAAAGAGAUACGACAGUGGAGGAAAUCCUUCCUGGUGAGCUUGUUUUUCUGCGUGCCGGUGAUGGGCAUGAUGACCUACAUGAUCAUCAUGGACCACCACAUGAAAGUUUCACAUCAACACAACUCCACAGUGGAGGACCGCAAGCACUACCACUCCACCAUGUUCCUGGAGAGACAGCUGCUCCCAGGCCUCUCCAUCAUGAACCUUCUCUCCUUCCUCUUUUGUGUGCCUGUACAGUUUAUUGGAGGUCGUUACUUCUACAUUCAAGCCUACAAAGCCGUCAAACACCGAUCUGCCAACAUGGAUGUGCUAAUAGUUCUGGCUACCUCUAUCGCCUUCACCUACUCGCUGGUCGUCCUAAUAGUGGCCAUGGUGGAGAAGGCACAAGUCAACCCCAUCACCUUCUUCGACACACCGCCGAUGCUUUUUGUCUUCAUCUCCCUGGGACGCUGGCUGGAACAGAUAGCCAAGAGCAAGACCUCUGAGGCUUUGUCUAAACUGAUGUCUCUACAAGCGACUGAGGCCACAGUGGUCACUCUUAGCAGUGACAAGGCCAUUCUCAGUGAGGAGCAGGUGGAUGUUGAGCUGGUGCAGAGGGGCGAUGUGGUGAAAGUUGUUCCUGGAGGGAAGUUUCCAGUAGAUGGGAGGGUCAUCGAGGGACACUCCAUGGCCGACGAGUCUCUGAUCACAGGUGAGGCCAUGCCAGUGACUAAGAAGCCCGGCAGCUCUGUGAUUGCAGGCUCCAUUAACCAGAAUGGCUCUCUGCUGGUCAGUGCGACACAUGUUGGCAUGGACACCACGCUAUGUCAGAUCGUCAAACUAGUCGAGGAGGCUCAGACUUCAAAGGCUCCCAUCCAGCAGUAUGCAGAUAAGAUCAGCGGCUACUUUGUACCCUUCAUUGUUGGCAUAUCCCUACUCACGCUGGUCGCCUGGAUCGUCAUUGGGUUUUUAGACUUCUCUCUCGUGGUGGAGUAUUUUCCUGGUUACGACAAGAGCAUCUCCAGGACAGAGGCAGUGAUUCGCUUCGCCUUCCAGGCCUCCAUUACAGUAUUAUGCAUCGCAUGUCCUUGUUCUCUUGGCUUGGCAACCCCGACAGCUGUCAUGGUGGGCACAGGGGUUGGAGCUCAAAAUGGCAUUCUGAUAAAAGGAGGAGAGCCACUCGAGAUGGCGCAUAAGGUCCAGUCGGUGGUGUUUGAUAAGACUGGAACGAUCACAUAUGGUGCCCCGAAGGUUAUCCAAGUCAAGAUAGUUGUGGAGGGGAACAGGAUGCCUCGUUCCCGACUGCUGGCCAUCGUGGGAACAGCUGAGAACAACAGUGAACACCCUCUGGGAUCAGCUAUCACCAAAUACUGCAAACAGGAGCUUGGCACAGAGGCUCUUGGCGCAUGCACCGACUUUCAGGCAGUGCCGGGCUGUGGCAUCCGAUGUCAGGUCAGCAACACAGAGACUCUGCUGAGUCAGUCGGACAGCGACAGCGAGGACAACAACCAGCGCAACAGUGUCCUCGUCCAGAUCAGUGACACCCGGAUGUCCACCAGCUCCCAUCCGCUCAUCAUGGACCCACAGCCACUAAGCCUUGUCCAGACAGCCACCUACGUUGUCCUGAUUGGCAAUAGAGAGUGGAUGAGGAGGAAUUGCCUGCAGGUCAGACCAGACAUAGAUGAGGCCAUGAUAGAGCACGAGCGCAGAGGACGCACUGCUGUUCUAGUAGCUGUCGACAGUUUGCUGUGUGCGAUGAUAGCCAUAGCAGACACAGUGAAGCCAGAGGCUGAGCUGGCAGUCCACACUCUGAUCAGCAUGGGGCUGGAAGUUGUGCUGAUGACCGGAGACAACAGCAAGACGGCACGAGCCAUUGCUGCUCAGGUGGGGAUCAGGAAGGUGUUUGCAGAGGUGCUGCCCUCCCACAAGGUGGCCAAGGUGGAACAGCUGCAGCAGGCAGGGAAGAUAGUAGCCAUGGUGGGCGACGGCGUCAACGACUCACCUGCUCUGGCCAUGGCUGACGUCGGCAUCGCCAUAGGAACCGGGACAGAUGUGGCCAUAGAGGCAGCAGAUGUGGUGUUGAUCAGGAAUGACCUCCUGGAUGUGGUCGGCAGCAUCGACCUCUCUAAAAAGACAGUCAGGAGGAUCAGGAUCAACUUUGUAUUUGCUCUUAUCUACAAUCUGGUUGGCAUUCCUAUUGCUGCUGGCGUGUUCCUUCCCUUUGGUCUGGUGUUACAGCCUUGGAUGGGCUCUGCUGCGAUGGCGCUGUCGUCUGUUUCUGUGGUUUUGUCCUCCCUUCUACUCAAGUGUUACACUAAGCCAACUGCUGAGAAGUUGGAGGCCAGACUGGGUAACAGCAGGCGGCAGGGCAGCCUGUCCGAUGUCAGCGUCCAUAUCGGCAUGGGCGAGAUGCGUCGUCCCUCCCCCAGACUCAGCCUGCUGGACCGCAUUGUCAACUACAGCCGUGCCUCCAUCAACUCCCUGCGCUCCGACAAACACUCUCUCAACAGCUUGGUGCUCAGUGAGCCUGACAAACACUCACUGCUGGUGGGGGAGGCGCUGUGUGAGGAGGAGUUUUGCUGAAUACAUGACGCUCGCAUACUAGUAUAUAGUAGCUCAACCACCCGAUCACAUGCACUUCAGAGCGCGAGGGGGUGAUUUCCUCUCCCUCAGUUGCAGUCUAUCUUUUGAUGAGGUCACCGCCCUCAAGCACACUCCAACCCUUUGACACUCUCUGUGGGCAUGAAGCAUCUACAGAGCCUUGCAGCAAGGGUCCACCUCCAGGAAGCAGAGUGAUGAUCACUGUGGUCAUCUGCCAGUACAAUCUUUACCACCGAUCCAAAGACACUUUAACUGUGGUGCCCCGUGUGGACACUACCAAGUUAUAUUUUAACUCUUUUCCUUAAAUGGAAACUUAUAAUAACACUGUUGUAUAAUGAUAUUCCAGAGUAUUUAUAUUACCAUUAUUUAUCUUUUUUUUCCAUUAUAUCUUUCUUAUGUGAAAAAUUUAAGUUGUUGAAUCCAAAUUUUAAUUUUUAAUUUUCAAUCUCACAAAAUGUGUAAUGUGUAAGGUAAGGCAUGGAAACUCGGUCAAUCAAAGAAGUUUAGUAACUUGCUGAAACUGAGUUUUUGUGCUAAUGGAGUGAGUUGUAACCCAAGUGCCAAUUGAAGUGCCGCCUCGGCAAAGUCCAACACAUUCCAAAGAUAGCACCGCACAGAGGUUACCUUGGACUUAAUGUGGAAAAAGUGUGAACACCGAUAAAGUCAUCGCCUCGCAGCAGAGACCGUGAAUGGUGAUGCCAACUAUAGAAGACUUGUCAUAGGUUUCUAUAGUUGUGUCUGCAUCUUUUGGUUAAUGAUUCAAGAUGUCUGUCAAUGAAUGUGAACAUUAUUCACUGGUAAACUUAAACAAAUUGUUACAUGGAUGACUGUGCUUGAAUUACUUUUAUUUUCUCGUGGCAAAUAGAAGGUUUUGUGUUGUGAUGCAGUUUGUUGGGAAAAAUACAAAUGGGACUUUUUCAUGGAAGACAUUUUGACGUGUGACAGUAUGAAAGCAGAGGCGAUUAAUAAAACAAAGUUGUGGAACACUUGAACAUUGUUAAUGUUAGAAGUAAUACAAGUAAUGCUUUUCCUACGAUGACAAGUCCAGAUGUCUGCCUAUUCUAAUUGUAAUUGCAUUUGUAAUCACUUUGUUUUUACUGUUUUCAAGGGAUUUCUUUCAACUCUGCUUUUUUAUGUAAUUCACAAAGUUCCAAACAUCUUUAAAGGUUCAAUGUGUAGUUCUGAGCCACCUGCUCCAAAUAAAUAGGGAGCAGUAUUUUACCUCUAAACAGGCUCCAUACCAUCUCUAAUGUUCAUAUUUUAGUUGUAGUAGUUUGCCAUAUUUAUUAUAUUCUAAUGUAUUCCUUAUAUUGUGUAUUUGUUACUCCUGUGUAAUGCCUGUCAGUCCGUGGGCAAGAAGCUUACAUGUUCACCCAAACUGCUAAAACUCUGAGAGCCGGUCUUAUCGUCACGUAGCGCAAAACACUGAGCUGUUCUUCUUCUCCCUCUGAACUGAGGCAGACUGGAGCUACAGUGACUCACUAUCGCCUCUAGAGGAACAAGUGGUAUUACAGCCAGGCCGGAGCCGAACUGUCAGUUAGAUGCUGAUUUCACUAGAAAUCUCUGCAACACAUAGACGUCUUUGACAUAACGUCACCACUGUUACCUCUUCACAUUCUGUUAGUUCAUUGUUUUAAUGUUUUAAGUUUAAAUUCUGGCAUAUCUUACACAUUGAACCUUUAAACCCCGGGAGCAGGUAACCGCUGUGUCUCAGCAGUUCCACCUAACAAGUUACCGAGAGACAAAUGAUGAAUUAAGUAGAUUGUUUCUUCACAUUGCAAGAUGUAAUCUCAAUUUUCAAGUUGUACAAUCAUAGACCGCUAUUCUUAAACAGUCUGCUUGUUUCCUCCUGUGAAAGCAUUACAAAGAUGUUCUGAAUCACUAUCUGCUGUGUCAAAUCAGGAGAUGCUCACUACAGUUGAGCUAUUCCUUGAAUGUUUGUGUCCCAACCUCUAGUAUUUGUUCAUGAUCAAAAUAGCCAUCAGUUUCUUCUGCCGGUUUCCCAUGAUGCAAUAUGUUCUGUAUCCAUAACAGCCUGAUGAGUGCAAUUAUGCCAAUCUGUUUUGUGUGCAUUGCUUUGUAAAGACGUCCAUAGGGCUUCAGAUCUGUGUGCAGUCAAAUUUAAGCAAAUCCAUGUUUGCUGUCUUUCAUAGUUCUUCUGAACAUGAUGUGCCUUGGAAUAAAACGCUUUUGUAACAUCA